ACUGAUAAUUCUUGUCUUUCUGAGAAUACUGAGGACCGUGAUUUUAUUAUAUCUAACUUAAAAUUAUUAUCAGAAUAUAGCGAUGAACUUGAGAAAGAGAGUGAGGAUUAUAUUCCUAAAGUAGUCUCUGAUAAUAGCUUCUUUAAUAAGUAUCUAGUGCUGUGGUAUUCCUGGGAAACUGGAGAAGCAGUAUUAGAGUUAAUUAAAGAGCUAAAUUAA